AUGAGCGGGACAAGCAGCACCUCAUCAGGCGAGCAAAGUGGGACAGGUAGGGAGGCAGACAACGCUACAAGCACACUUGCGGUGGUGGGUCCAUUGACCGAUGGCUCCGUUCCCGAAGCCACUGCCAACUUUGACUCGAGUUUACUCCAGGAUCUGCCUGUCACCAGAUUGGUAUAUGCAUUAUAUAUAGAGGACAAUGAUGGUACCUCUACAGCAGCCGAUGAGCCCGUCCCCCCAUCAGGAUGGGUGCAAUUGGCCUACGCUUUUAAAAAAGCAGCCAACAAGGGAAACAGGGGUGAAGCCACGGAAACAGAUCAUACGAUGGCUGACGACGUCAUUGGUAUGAUCGCUUCUCUUAUUCACAACACAUUGAAGUUUGUGAAAGGUGAAGGACAGGAAUCCUCCCUGGACACGGUUAUUCAAAAAGUUUUGGACAGAUCUAGCGGCAAGUUGUCAACACUCAAUAUUCACAGAUACACAGGUGCACAGCAGGAAGACUUCUGGUCUGUAGUUAGGAAGAACUUGCCGCCUAACGAUGAUACUACAUAUGAGGGCAGUGUUGCCCAGGAAGUGGGGGGCUUGUGGGGUAAUUCAGCUUUUGGUAUGUAUCGAGUCCCCUAUGAAAGGGAACCUGACAGUGACUCAGAUGGGCAUGUUUAUGAUGAUGUGUCACGAAGUGACAAGACAGUUUGA